AUGGCCGCGAACGCGACUGGCAGCGCAGCAGAGUCGUCGAACAAGGCCCGCUCGACCCCGCUCACGCGCGGGCCGAGCGCCGACGACCUGCGGCGCGCGGGCAUCCGCACGUCCGUCCUGGGCCUCAUUGGCCGGCUGCCUGCGGUCGUGCGGCGGCCUCUCCGGGUCUUCGAGAGCAGCCCACCGCCACAACCAUCUGAUGGCUCCUCCUCCCGACAGAGGCUCUCGCCACCGCCAUCCCCUCGGUCCUCGUCGCCGCUGAGCGCGUCGUCUUCCGCCUUGGGCAAGCACAAAGCCGACUCCGUCCGACGCGCCGCGCCGCCCCCCGAACCGCGCCGAAAACGUCACAAGAGGAAGCCCAUCACCCCUUCCGCAAUCUCGUACGACAUGUACCCCCACAUAGUGGAGGCCAUCCUGAAGCAUGCCGACGUCGCCUCGCUCAUCGCCUCCCGCGGCACGUGCCACGCGCUCCAGGCCCUGGCGGACCAGCGCCUCCAGCGCUCCGCCGAGAGUGACCCCCGCCAUGGGACGCCACCUGACCGACGGCUCUCAUGGGUUCACGGCACGCACCGGCAUACCCGUCUUCCUCGGUACACCGCUAUUGGCUGGGUGUAUGUGCACGGCCCCGCGACGGCGCCGGCCGCUAAUGCGGAGAAGAUCAAGCUGGUCGUCCCACCGGGGACUCAUCGACUUGUCGUCUACAUUGCCUUCACCGUCUCCUCGGCCAGCGUGAAGGGGGACGAAGCAAAGGAACUUCACAGCGCAAUCGAUAACAUACUCUCGAUCAAGUGGGCCGAGCGGCCCGGCGACCGGCCCCGCUUCGUUGGCUUCAUCUUCGUGCCCGACUACCUCCGGCCCGCAUCGACGCCGCCGCCGCGCUCCACGGUCUCUCGAGACUACAACCCCUUUCGCACGGAAGGAUAUCAAGUUCUUAUGCCUGGCAUGCUGGGUGAUCUCGCUCACAAGUUCAACCGGCUCCACCUCGUCCCCAAUCAAGGCGCCGUGCGCUUCAUCGGCUUGGAGCUGCUCACGCCGACGCUCAUUCAGAGCAACAUUAAGUGGCCGCAGCUUCAUGGAGAGCAGCUGUCCCUUGCUGUCAUACAAGCGACUCGUGAGACCUUCAAAAGGUAUUUGGUCACCGACGAGUGGACCGUGGUCCAGGUGAGAGCCUGGGCCUCGCGGUUGAUGGCCGAGACGCGCAAGUUCUAG